UUUUGCAUUGACCUAGGUAACUUACUGUAAAAUCAGUGUUAAAUCCGUGUUGUUGCAAUCCAGCUUCCAGCCACUAGGCGGCAGCACUGAGUACAAAGAUGCGAGCAGCACUUCAGAAACAAUCCUGCUGGACGUGACUUUAAUUCACCUGGACAUUAGCUGAGUAAAUUCUGUUUGUUUUUUUUUGUUUUUUUUUUAGGUUUCACCAGCCUGAUAUUGACAUUUUUUCUUCCUCAAGGCCUCUGACCUGGCUUAUGCUGCGUGAGGCAGAGUGAGCAGCGGAGAGGAGAGAGCACAUCUGAGUCUCGUGGAAACAGCAGGACCACGUACCACUUGGCCGAGAGAUCGAUGCAAUUACUCCGAGCUGCACAGGAAGGGGUGAGCGGCACGUAGGACGUCCGUGUACUGCCACAGAGACAGAGAGAGAGAGAGAGAGAAAGCAGCCAAAGGGACAGAGAGAGUGAAGAGAGCGGGGAGAAGAAGAUUAUCCAAGGCCAAUUUGAAAGCUUUCAGCUGGUCACUCUGAGCAGAAUCUAAAGGGUUCAGAGUUCAACCAAGUGUUCUUGUUGGCUGCCUGCAACCCCGAAGACCAACACCAAAAGGAUCAGCCCCAGUUGGUGCUCUCAAGGUGCACAGUCAGAGAGAGACCAGCAACAAGAGAACAAAGCACUUGUAGAAAAGGUGUGAGUGGACAGGAGUGGUAAGGUUUCUUCUCAGCAUGCCACUGGCACAGCAGCAUCACAGGGCCACUGUGCCCACAACAGGCUGGGUCCUGGCUUUGGUUCUGUUUCUUGCUCUACAGGGUGCCGCUCAUGCUGCUCCAUCAGGAGACAGUAAGCUGGUUCGUACCACCAGAGUGAAGAGACAGACCCCAGGGGGGGAUCAACCCCCAUCCGCUUCCCCAGCCAAUCAAACCCUGUGGGAGCAACCUGUGGUCUUUAACCACGUCUACAACAUCAAUGUACCCUUGGAGUCUCUUUGCUCGGUCGACCUGGACGCCUCUGCGCCACCCGCCCCAGGUGAUGGUUCUCGUGCUGAGCUGGGGUCCACACCCUCUGUGGAGGGUCCUAUGGAUCCAACAGGACCAGCAGAGUACACUGAACAGACCCUAGAUGCUGAGAGCCAGGUAACGUUCACUCACCGCAUCAACAUCCCAAAAGCAGCAUGCGGUUGUCCGGCAACAAUCACAAUCCAGCAGCUUGCCACACGGGUGGAGAUGCUGGAGAGAGAAGUUUCCCUGCUCAGAGCUCAGUGUGGAUCUGGUUGCUGUGGGGAGAGCUCAGCCAUGGGCCGUUUAGACUUUUUCCCAGGCUGCAGUGGCCAUGGCAGUUUCAGCCUUGAUUUAUGUGGCUGCAUCUGUGAGGAAGGUUGGACUGGCAAAAACUGCUCUGAGCCCCGCUGCCCAGACGACUGCUCCGGCCAGGGGGUAUGCAUAGAAGGGGAGUGUGUGUGCGACCGUGACUUUGGAGGUGAAAACUGUUCAGAGCCACGGUGCCCUUCAGAUUGCUCGGGCCGUGGGUUGUGCAUCGAUGGGGAGUGUGUGUGCGAAGAAUCUUUUACUGGCGAAGACUGCAUGGUUGGGAGGUGCCUCAAUGACUGCUCGGACCAAGGGCUGUGUAUCAAUGGGACGUGCCAGUGCCGGCCUGGGUAUGUGGGAGAGGACUGCUCGCUGGUCUACUGUGCAAACAACUGUAGCAAGAAGGGAGUCUGUAAGGACGGAUUCUGUGUCUGCCAGGACGGCUUUGCUGGAGAUGACUGCAACUCUGUGGCACCUGCCAUGAACCUGAAGAUACGAGGGGUGACGGAUCGAACAAUUACCCUGGAGUGGGAGGGGUCGGUUGUGCUGACAGAUUUCUUGGUGACCUACACACCAAGCAGCCCUGGAGGUGUGCAACUAGAGAUAAGGAUUCCAGGGAAUACCACCACCUGCACUAUCUCAGGCCUGGAAACAGGCAUGGAGUACAACAUCAACGUAUUUGCUGUUAUUAACAACAGUAUCAGCGUCCCUGCCAGCAUAACUGUUUCGACCUACCUCUCCAAUCCAGAUGGUUUAGUCUUCAAAUCCAUCACAGAGACGUCAGUGGAGGUCCAGUGGCAACCAUUUUACUAUUCCUUCGAUGGAUGGGAGAUCAGCUUCAUCCCAAAGGACAAUGAUGGAGGGAUGACUGCACAACUGCCCAGCACUAUCACUUCCUUUGUGCAAACUGGGCUGAGGCCAGGAGAGGAGUAUACAGUUAACCUGGUGGCUCUCCGUGACCAAGGUCGAAGCCAGCCAGUCACUGCUACUGUCACAACACUGAUUGAUGGCCCCACUCAGCUGAUCGUGCGGGAUGUGUCAGACACUGUAGCGUUUGUAGAGUGGACCCCGCCAAAAGCAAAGAUUGAUCAGAUUGUGCUGCGUUAUGGCCUCGUGGGAGGAGAGGGGCCACGGACCACCUUCCGCCUCCAGCCCACACUCAGCCAGUACUCCCUGCAGGUUCUGCGUCCUGGCUCUCGUUAUGAGGUGACAGUGAGCGGUGUGAGGAAAGGAAAUGAGAGCGGAUCUAUUUCCACUGAAUUUAUUACCGCUUUAUCAUUCUUCUCAGAGAUCGAUGCCCCCAAGAACCUGCGGCUAGUAUCCAAGACCUCCACCACCCUCGAGCUUGAAUGGGAUAACAGCGAGGCUGAGGUGGAUGCCUACCAGGUGGUGUACAGCACUUUAGCAGGAGAUCAGUAUGAAAAAGUCAUUGUACCCCAAAAUGAGGGAGCCACCACUAAGACCAUUCUCACAGACCUGCUGCCAGGCACUGAGUACGGUAUUGGCAUUUCUGCCAUGAGAGGCAGCAACCAGAGCACACCAGCGACUAUGAAUGCCAGAACGGGCCUGGAUGUGCCCAUGGAUUUAACUGUGACGGCCUCUACAGACAACACCAUCACUCUGGUGUGGGGCAUGGUCCAGGGCCCCAUUGACCACUACAAGGUCACAUAUACAUCUUCUUCCGGUGUUACUACUGAGCUAACGGUGCCUAAAGAUGUAACCUCCACCACUCUGACAGACCUCGAGCCUGGGACUGAGUACACCAUCACGGUAGCAGCAAGGAGAGGAAGACAACAGAGCAAUGCAGCUACUAUAGAUGCAUUCACAGGGAUCAGGCCCGUAACCCACCUCUACUUGUCAGAGGUGACUUCAGACUCGGUGUUGGUGGCGUGGAGUGCCCCAGCACCACCUGCUGACCUCUUCAUCCUGAGCUACAGCUCUGCCGAUGGGACCGACACCUCUAAGGUGACGCUGGACGGCUCCAAGACGAGGUCACUGGUCCAAGGCCUCCUGCCAUCCACUCAGUACACCAUCAGUCUAAUCACAAUACAGGGGGAUAUUACCUCUGAGCCUAUUACAGCAUCACUCACUACAGGCUUGGACCCACCAAAAGAGUUGGCUGUUUCAGAUGUGAGCGAGGACGCAUUGACUAUCUCAUGGAUCAGACCAAUGGCUCCCUUUGAAUACUAUAAGCUGUCCUACCAGUCAGCCAGAGGUCGAGUGGACAGUGUGGUGAUUGACAGCGAUGUCACCAACUACACUUUGUCCAGUCUGUUUCCUGCUACAGAAUAUGAGAUCAGUAUCAACGCUGUCAGAGGGAGUCAAGAGAGCAAAGUGGUCAGCACCUCCGUCUUCACAGCGAUGGACAUGCCAUCUGAGUUGACAGCCCUCAACAUCACUCCACAAGGAGCCCUGCUGAGGUGGAAUCCACCUGUGUCCAGUGUUGACAACUACGUGCUGACCCUCACACACAACCAGGUGACAGCUGAUACUUUCCUUGUGGAAGGCAACAAGCAGGAGCACCAGCUGUCCAAUCUUAAGCCAAGCACCACCUACUCUGUAGGUCUCUACGCCACGAAGGGACCCCUCACAAGCGGCACCGUCAUCACCAACCUCCAAACACCCAUGGACGCACCCUUGAACCUGACAGCCAGUGAAGUGAAUCACCGCAGCGGUCUCAUAUCCUGGCAACCGCCAAUCGCAGAAAUUGACAACUACAUGCUCACCUACAAGUCUACCGAUGGCAGCCGUAAAGAGUUGAUCCUAGAUGCAGAAGACACAUGGAUUCGUCUUGAGGGACUGGCUGAGACUACAGAGUACACUGUCAAGCUCCAGGCUGCAAGAGGACUAGACACCAGCGCUGUAGUCUCCACUACCUUCACUACAGGGAGUCGACUGUUUGCAACACCUCAGAAUUGUGCCCAACACCUGCUGAAUGGAGAGACUCUGAGCGGUGUCUACACCAUUUACAUCAACAGAGACCCCAGCCAGGGUGUGCAGGUGUACUGUGACAUGACCACUGAUGAAGGAGGCUGGAUUGUAUUCCAGCGACGUCAGAAUGGCCUGACAGACUUUUCCAGGAAGUGGAGUGACUAUCGGGUUGGAUUUGGAAAUCUGGAGGAUGAGUUCUGGCUUGGUCUAGACAACAUCCAGAGGAUUUCUGCUCAGGGCCGUUAUGAGCUGAGGAUUGACAUGAAGGACGGACAGGAGUCGGUUUAUGCCAAUUAUGAUAAAUUCUCUAUUGGAGAUGCUAGAAACCUCUACAAGCUCAGGAUAGGGGAGUACAAUGGCACCGCUGGUGACUCACUGAGCUACCACCAGGGCCGGCCCUUCUCUACAAAAGACAGAGACAAUGACAUCGCUGUCACUAACUGUGCCUUGUCCUACAAAGGAGCCUGGUGGUACAAGAACUGCCACCGGGCCAACCUCAAUGGCAAAUACGGCGAGUCCAGACACAGUCAGGGUAUUAACUGGUACCACUGGAAAGGCCAUGAGUUCUCUAUUCCGUAUGUGGAGAUGAAGAUGAGGCCGUUCAAUUACCGUAGCAUCAGCAGCAAGAGGAGGCGGUCUGCCCCUGUAUAAACAAACCGCCUCCGCCAAGUCCAGAGUCAUAGAUAAGUGGAGUUCGGACAAUUUUUUGGUGAUGAUUUUCUGCUAUCUGCGUGCCUCGCUAACAGUGCAAGGCUGCGAGGAAGAUGGAGGUUAUGGCAAAAAGCUACUAAUAUUUUAUUAAUAUUCAUUUGUAACAAUUCAACACAUUAUUAGUAUACUACCAACAUUGAGAAGCUGUUAUAACCAUGGAUAUGAUCCUAAAAGCAUAGCAGCAAAGCUAAAACAACGUCCGAACUCUGUUUUUCUCUGCUUCUGCCCACCCAGCUUUAGCUGUCUUUCCCUACUGUACUUCAACCCAGAUGAUAGAAGACACUGUAUGUAAUUUAUUAAAUACUUUGAAUGACAAUGGUUCUAUUUGCUGUAAAAAAAAAUAAAAAAAAUAAGGAAAGGCAAACCAAGAAGCUUUUUUUUCUCCUUUAAGUCUGUGAUUUGCCUUUCCCCGGGUUGCGAGGAAAUCUGCUCAGAAAUGCCCUCAAGAGUACGAGAGCUAGCGCUGUUUUAACCGUUACAAAACAAUAACACUUUUAACAAAAAAUAUACUGUAUAUGCCCUUAAAACCCUUAACUGUAAGAUAUAUAUAUUUUUAUAACUGAUAUUGUGACAAAAGUCCAUCUAUUUAAUAUGAUUUGAUGCCUUGGUUUUUGAGCCUAUAUUACAUUAAUGUAAACAUAAAAAUGUGAUGACAAAUACUGAACUCAAAACAGACACACAAGAGAUAAAAUGAACAUCGAAAUCAGAAGAGAACAUUCACAAAGCAGUGCACUAGCAACAGCUUCAUUACCAUCUGUUCUAUUUAUUUUUAUUUUAUAUUUCUCUCUGUCUGUGUUACACUUUAAUUACAAUAUCUCUGUUAAUUAGUAAAGCAGAAUGAAAAUAAUCAUCUCUAUUAAACUUGAUUGUUAUUGGUAGCAACACUGAGACAGUAUUUGCACUACGAGUGGGAACACAGCAAAGCUAUUGUUGUUCAUUUAAUUCAAUCGACUUCUGUAGCUGUUUGUGGGCAUUUUUUUUUUUAUUUCCUGGACUUCAUUUUCAAGCCAAUAACUGUUUUAGCCCUUUUGUAGAUUCUGUGAUUGCUUGCAGAGAUGGUGCUGAUAGAUGUAACAUUUAACCAAAGAUCUGCAUAAUAAAGACUCGGCCUGCUGUUUGGAAAGAUGCCAGUCACUUCUGUCACCAAAGUCACUGAUGCAGCUUUUUUCCUGUAUUAAUAGAUUCUCACUUUUCAGGGACUUUUAUGGUAAUCAUGUCCCCAGGCGUUAUUUUAUGCAAUGUGAACACUAAAUUCUAUGCAAAAAGGAAGUCAGAGUGGGCAUAGUGCAGAUUUCAGCCUGUCCAUUCCUCCAAAACCACCUCAAAUGAACAUAACAAAGAAAGCAGAACAGUGGGUGAAGUGAAACAAAGUCUGUCUUCUGUGCCCUUCUUUUACUCACUUCACUAUUUAAGCUCCCCAACGAAACAACAAAAUCAGCAAACAUGGCAGAGAAUGUAUUCUUUUAGUGGGGCAGGCAUAAUCUGCAGCAUGUCCACCAAGCAUUUUGUGUUCACACUGUCGCACUAAGCGUUCAGCACCAGUUAGUUGGCUGCUGUUUUUCUGGAAACGGUUUUGUUUUAGUUUCCUGCCUCCUCUUUAGGAAGAAAAUGAUCUCUGUGGAGUUUGAAGGAAAAGCACACAGAACUGGCUAAAUCUCCAACUUGGCCUCAUGCUAUCAAUAAAAACACAAUUUAUUGUUCAACACAAUCGUCAGAUCUGGAUGUUACCAUCGCUGCAAGCAACAUUUGGUCUCAAAAAUAUGAAAUAUUUCAAAAAUACAGAUGUUUUUUCCCUUUGAAACAGCUGGAAAUGUCAUUCUUCUGUAUUACUGUUUUUUCAUUGAAGUGAACCAGCAAAUCGGGCUUGUAUCAUAUGACUGUAUAUUUUUCGUUUGUGUUUGUGUUCCUUUUUUAGACUUGGAAACAAUAGCAAUUCUCCCCUCUAUAAACUACUACUAAUAUACUCAUGUAGAUAUAGAGUUAAAGAUAAUGUGUCUUUUUGAUGUGUUCCCCCUUUAGAUGCGAACUCAUUCAGAAAGCCCUCUGGAACAUUUCCACUCUAACCUCUGUAUUUUUAACCGGUGUUGUGUUAAAGGACAGAUGGAGCCUACUGCAUGCUGACUAAAUUGCAAUCAUAGUAAAUAACAGAUGUCAUAAGAAUAUGUUUUUCAUUUAAUUUGUGAAGAGUUUGUUUGCUGAUCUGGGUAAAAGUCACUUCUGAAAUGGUUUAUGGGGUAGAGGAUGUAGAUAACUUUGAUUAUCAGGCGUCUAAGCUGUCGUGGAAACAGUAAAAUAGCCCUGAAAGGCUAAAUAAAAAAUUUAAAUAUACAUAAUAAAACUGUUUCAAAAGCUGACCUUUCCCAGAUCUGAUUUAUGUUUAAGUGUCAAAGUCACUGUUUCAGCGCCUCUCAUCUCCCACAGUGAUUUACAGUAGAGUAGGCAAUCCUGUAUGAACUUAUUUCAUUAACUUGGGUGAAGUUUGCCUCAGAGCAUUUUUUUGUACUAAGGAACAAAGGUCAUGAAGCUUUGUAGAGAAGGAACAGAAUGUUAUUUGUAUUUUGAAGGAUUUAUCUCACGGCAAACUAUAAGGUGCUCUUAAAUCUGCUCUUAAAGUUUACUUUACAUAUUUUCAAUCACCUUUCAUGAAUUUUAGGCUUCUGCUGGCAACCAAUAAAAAAAAACAAAAAACAAUCGUUUAAAUAAGUUGUCCUGCUGUAGCAAAGCCUCAAUCCUGCCUUCUAUUUUGGAUUAAUAAUUAAUUUAAUAUGAUUUUUCCAUUUGUAUAAAAAGUUCAUCUAUUACUUGGGACCAACAUUUUCAUCCAUUACACCAGUUAGUGUAAUUAAAAACUUGUCACUAAUGUCACUCCUCAUUCAGAGCUUUCAGGUAAACAAAUAAUUUAGAAAUGAGCAAAUACAACUAUAACCCCUCUUGGAAACAAUGAAAUUACCGAGAUGCUGAAUUAUUUUCUUACCUAAUGUGACAGUUUCAUUCCCCGUAGCAUCAAGAAAGACCAAGUCGUUUGUUUUGCUUAUUACAAACUAAUCAAGUCUUUUUUUGAGAGGAGGAGGAUAUAUGUUAUAUUGGCAUUCUGUUAUUAUGUUUUCCAUCAUGUAAAGCAUAUAUAGUACACUGUUUCAUCCCGUCAAUCUGCUGAAUGACAUCAUGUUUGAGAAGAGCAUCUCCUCCAUUAUUUCAACCUAAAACUGAGUCUCAGUCACAGGAAAACACUCACACUAUCGCUUUUUGUUUCUACUGAGCUUCUUGCUGUAGAGGAAAGCUCCUGUUCCCCUUAUUUAUUUCAGUAUUUAUUUUCAGAUGACUCUUUGUCUGAUGCGCACUGUAAAAAGUUAUAGUUAAAAAUGACACAAUGUCCUCUAUGGUGUCAAAAAGAAAAUGUUUUAUUUCAUGGGUUUACUUUUACAAGUUAACUAAAUGAUAUAACCACCAUGUUUAAUAAAAAUAAAUAAAGUUAAA